ACACUUAUUACGCCCCCUGCUUCUUUGUUGCAGUUGGUUCAGUCCGUUUGCAGACAGCAACCCGUUAACCCGUCAGUGCCAGUCAGUGGAUCAAUCACAUUAGAACCGAGCUUUUAUACCAGUCACAGUUAACUUAUAUUUUGCUUAUUAAGACCAAAGGCGUCAUUUUGACUAUAAUAAUGUCUGCACCAAAGAAAGGAGACCUGACCGACACAGAGAAAGAGCUACUUCUGGUUAUUGCUGCAGGUAAUGUGCAAGAAGCCUCCAGACUGCUUGGAUCCAAAGAUGUCAGGGUAAACUGUCUGGAUGAGUAUGGCAUGACUCCUCUCAUGCACGCUGCAUAUAAGGGCAAGGCAGACAUGUGCAAACUGCUGCUACAGCACGGAGCUGACGUCAACUGCAACGAACAUGAACACGGAUACACCGCACUCAUGUUUGCGGGACUCUCAGGAAAGACAGAUAUCACCUGGAUGAUGUUGGAUGCUGGAGCCGAGACGGAUGCGGUGAACUCAGUCGGCAGAACAGCAGCACAAAUGGCUGCUUUUGUAGGGCAGCACGACUGUGUGACAGUUAUCAAUAACUUCUUCUCCCGUGCGAGGUUGGAUUACUACACAAAACCACAGGGGCUGGAAAAGGAACCAAAACUCCCUUCUAAACUCGCUGGACCGCUACACAAAAUUAUCAUGAGUACCAACCUCAACCCAGUGAAGAUAGUGAUGGUGGUGAAAGAAAACCCUCUGCUGAUGGAUGUGGAAGCACUUGAGAAGUGUCGCAAGGUUCUGGAGCUGAUCUGUGAGAAGUGCAUCAAACAGCAGGAUAUGAAUGAAGUGUUGGCCAUGAAGAUGCACUACCUCAGCUGUGUGAUGCAGAAAUGUGGCUCUUUCCUGAAAGAUCGCCAGGACAAGCUUGAUGGCCUCAUCAAGAGUCUUGUGAAAGGGCGAGACAGUGAUGGCUUCCCGGUAUUCCAGGAGAAGUUCCUCCGGGAGUGCAUUAGGAAAUUUCCAUACUGUGAUGCCACAUUGCUGCAGCAGCUGGUCCGGAGUAUCGCUCCUGUGGAAAUUGGAAGUGACCCCACCGCUCUGUCAGUGCUCACCCAGGCCAUCACGGGGCAGGUGGGCUUCAUGGACGCAGACUUCUGCACAUCCUGUGGUGAGAAAGGGGCAGAGAAAAGAUGCUCCAUCUGCAAAAUGGUGAUCUACUGUGGCCCGGCCUGUCAGAAGCUGCACUGGUUCAGCCAUAAGAAGGUCUGUAAGAUGUUACAGGAGCAGAGAGAGAAACAUGAAGCUGAUUCAGCAUCACGACUACAGAAACAGGCCAAAGCUGAGGAGGAUCAGGCAUUGGAGGAGACGACCGGCACUUUGGAGGAGCUCUCCAUAAGUCAGAGUAAGACCAUCAGCACUUCAGAUAACCAAACCGAGGACAUCAACUCUGUGACUGUCUCUGUUACUGCAGACUGAAUUACAACGACUCUCCAUUUCAACCCAGCACCCAUCAUUAUCAUCAUUGAAGAUCCGUCUAAGACAAAAGAGAGCACAUCCGUAACAUCAGCCAGAGGUUUCUUUAAGGUUCUUGUACUGGAUGCUCUUCUGAAGCACAUGAUGUAGGGCAAAAAACACCAAAAUGCACAGAAUGAAAGGUCUACUAGUGACUUUUUUUUUUAAAUAGCCUUUUUACAUUUAUGUUGGGAAAAUAUAUGUAUUUAUGUAUGUGUAAUGUAUAAUUUGCUUUAGGAAAGAUUGUAAUAUAUUGUUGCCUAUGCCUUAAAUUUCUUAGUCUUUUGUUAUGGAAAAGGAUACAAUGAAUAGUUGGCAACAGCUUGUGUGAGCCUUCAUAAAACUGUAGAAUUCAUUUAAAUGGAGUUAUAAGUUAUUUUUGGAGACAUCUGAUAUUGAAAUGCCAUAAUGUUUCACAAAGCAAAUAAAUCUAUUUUCCAUCUUUAAGUGAUAAA